AUGGAAUACCUUGGAUGUUCUGCGUGGUCUCUUUUGUUCGAGGUGUCGUCUGUUUUUCUCUUGCUGCCGACAUCAAAAGGAGAUAUCAGUUAUUCUACUCCAGAGGAGAAGAAGAUCGGGGCUGUGAUUGGAAACCUCGCGAAGGACCUUGGAAUAAAUGCGAACACACUGGCAUUGCGCAAAGCCCGUUUGGAUGUGGAGAGUGACAGCAAACGCUAUUGUGACAUUGACAUGAAAACUGGCGAUCUGACCGUCGCUGAUAGAAUCGACAGAGAGCAACUUUGUGGAUUCAUGACUGCGUGUAUGUUGAAAUACGAAGUGAUUCUAGAGAACCCUUUGGAAUUACACCGCGUUAUUGUAGAAAUUACUGACAUUAAUGAUAACGCGCCGGCUUUUUCAAAGGAUGUCGUUAAAUUAGAGAUCAGAGAGCAAGCACACAAAGGAGCUCGCUAUGCCAUUAAUGAAGCACACGAUGCAGAUAUCGGCGUGAAUGCAGUACAGAACUACAAACUGCAGGAUAAUCCUUACUUCUCGUUUGUUUUUCAUAAUAACCCGGGCCAAGAAAAAUACGGGGAGAUCAUUUUAGAGAAAGAGUUGGACCGUGAACAGGAGCAGGAGGUGAAGUUGUUGCUCAUCGCUCUGGAUGGAGGAAAUCCACCUAAAUCUGCAUCUGUACUAAUACACGUUACAGUCCUCGACGCCAAUGAUAAUUCUCCAGUGUUCACUCAACCCGUUUAUAAGGUGAGUCUGAGAGAAGAUUCUCCCGUUGGCACGACAAUAACGACAGUGAGAGCCACGGAUGCUGAUGAAGGCGCAAAUGGUCAGGUGAUUUAUGAAUUUGGACACAUCUCUAACGACAUGCUAAAAUUAUUUACACUCGAGUCCGAAACGGGGGAUUUAAUUUUAAGCGGCACAGUGGACUACGAAAAACAAACGACGUAUGAAUUAAGGAUUCAAGGUAAAGAUGGUUCGGGACUUGCUUCUUUUGCGAAGGUGGUAAUCGAUAUAGAGGACGUGAAUGACAAUGCACCUACUAUACACCUAAAAUCACUGAAUAAUCCCAUUCCUGAAAACGCACCAUCUGGAACAGAAGUAGGCAUAAUUAAUGUUCAAGACAAAGACUCGGAGAAAAAUCGGCAAAUCCGGUGUAGCAUUCAAGGAAAUGUUCCUUUUAUGUUAAAACCUUCCAUUAAAAAUUACUUCUCCGUUGUGACAUCUGGCGCACUCGAUCGCGAAUUUAGGUCAGAAUACAAUAUCACAUUUAUUGCAGUGGAUGGAGGAUCUCCACCUUUAUCCUCCUUGAAGACAGUUCAUUUUUCUGUAUCGGAUGUGAACGACAAUCCUCCUGUAUUUGAACAGCAAUCCUACGCUGCAUAUGUAACGGAAAAUAACAAGCCAGGAACCUCUAUUAGUUCUGUUAGUGCAAGAGACCCAGACUGGAGGCAGAAUGGUACAGUGCUGUAUUCUGUGGUGCCCAGUGAGAUAAACGGUGUUGCAGUGUCCUCCUUUUUAUCCAUUAACUCAGAUUCAGGAGUGAUCCAUGCUGUGAGGUCAUUUGACUAUGAAAAGUUCAGAAACUUUAAAGUCCAGGUUGUAGCCAGAGACAAUGGUUCUCCUCCACUCAGCAGCAACGUGACUGUGAGUGUGUUCAUCUCAGAUGAGAAUGAUAACUCUCCACAGAUAUUAUACCCUGCUCCAGAGGGAAAGUCUUUCAUGACUGAAAUGGUCCCUAAAGCUGCUCUCUCUGGUUCUCUGGUCUCCAAAGUGAUCGCUGUGGAUGCCGACUCUGGACAGAAUGCGUGGCUGUCGUAUCAGAUUGUCAAAUCUACUGAUCCGGGACUUUUCACUAUCGGUGUCCAUAGUGGAGAGAUCAGGGCUCAGAGGGACAUUACUGAAUCUGACAGCAUGAAACAGAACCUCGUUAUCUCAGUGAAAGAUAAUGGACAGCCGCCUCUCUCUGCUACCUGUUCUGUAUAUUUACUUAUUUCUGAUAACCUUGCUGAAGUUCCAGAACUCAAAGACACAUCUUAUGAGGAGAACAAUUCCAAACUGACUUUUUAUUUGAUCAUUGCGCUCAUUUCUGUGUCCACCUUCUUCCUGACCUUCAUUAUUCUGAUCCUGGCUGUGAGGUUUUGCCACAGGAGAAAGCCCAGACUGUUGUUUGAUGGAGCAGUUGCCAUUCCCAGCACGUAUCUCCCUCCCAACUAUGCAGAGGUGGAGGGAGCUGGAACUCUCCACAGUUCUUACAAUUAUGACACGUAUCUAACAACAGGAUCACGCACCAGUGACUUCAAGUUCAUCACAUCUUACAAUGACAGCACUCUGACUGCUGGUGGAACUCUGAAGAAGAGCCAGGAUGAGGUUUUAGGUGCGAGUCUGAUUACACUUAACAACACAUGUGAUGUUGGCGAUGAGGUAAGAAAACCUCAUGGAUUUGUGUUCUUGGUGGAGAAUCGUCUAUUAUGUGGUUUUAUGGUCAGUUUUUGA